AUGUUGGUCGAAAGAUAUGAGAAAAGGCAACAACAGGUUGCAUAUGAUAACGGAAAAUUCGUUGAAAUGAUUAAGGGAUUUCUGCUUUUAAAUGGAUCUCUUUAUCCUCAUUCGGAAGAGGAUAGCAGUAUAAUUGGUAACAAUAAUAAAGAUGAUAUGAAUUCUAUUAAUGACUCUUUGGAUCGUGUGUCAGGGUUUUUUAAUAAGUCGAGUCAAGUACUUAUCGAUGAAAGCUACGCCAUCAAUACAUCAGUGCUAGAAAAGUUCAAAAAUUACCUUGAUUAUUUAUAUUCAUUACAAGAAUUAUUUGAAAGAUCCAGGAAAUUACUGGCUAAUAAUAUUACGCAAUUGCAAAUCAGAAUCCAUGAUAAUGAGCAAAAAUACAAUAAAUUAAGUAGCGAUGACGCUGACAUUAAAGGAAGCGAGCUAGCUAAAUUAAGACAGGUCAUAAUUAAUGACAAGCAAGAAAUAUUUCAGCAACUAAACAAAGACUGGCUAAUCAAGGAUUGUGUCUUGGAAGAAUACUUGAUGUUUCAAGAGACGCAAUAUUUGAUUAGUGAAAUGUGGGUCGAAUGGUGCAAAGGUAGAUACAAAUUCCAAGAUAAAAUAUUUGAAUUGCAUGAUAACUUAAAUAAUGAAGUUGUCAAUGAUAUGCCUCUAUCGAGGUAA